ACUAAAAGCAUUUUGGAAGAGUCUACCCUUAAAGAGGCCAGAUAUGGUGGUGGAGCAAAUCUCUACUGCCAGGCAGCUAGUGAGAUUUCACCAGAUACAGUCACUGCCAACAUUAGAAGUGAGGACGAGGUGGAAGAGAAGAGCUGGACUGUUCAGGUAGCACGGGAAGAAGGCUUAACCCUUUCAACCAAAGCUUCUUCCGAAGAGAGCAUCACUGCCAAUAAGGACGUGCUCUGCACUCGUGUAGCCGUUGAGGAGGUCUUGGCCACACGUGCAGAAGCCCACAUGGGCCAGGCUACCGGCCUUGAGUCCAAAUCCAGCGAGGAGACCAUUUUCCACCUGAAUUACAGCUACGAGAAACAGCCCACCGAAAUCAAGACCACCUUCGUGGGUUCAGAAAAACGCGACGAGGGUGAGGUGCGCGUAGAGAUGGAAGCGACGCGCGAGGAACGCGUCGACACACAAGAAUUGUCGGUAAAUCGACGUAUGGUCGAGGUCGAGGUGGAAGGCGUCGUUAUGCGUGGCGCGCGUGAAACAUCUCCCCUUAUUUUGCAUACAGAAUCCACAUCUGAGUCGAUUAUACGUGUUGAUGAGUCACUGGAAAAAGUUCAUCUACGAACUGAGGAGGUGGAAGAAGAACACACGAGGAGUGAGUCCGAGGAACGUAGGAAGAGGUGGGCAAGUAUUGAGCUUAAAAAACUGUCGUAUUAUUGUGAUGAAAUUUAUCUAUACAAAUCUCAAAAUUUUCUUAAGUUACAUAUUUCACUCGUUUUCUCAAAAAUCUGUUCCACUGUUGUGAAGAAAAAAGAGUGAUC